AAACAACAAAGAGAGAAUAUAUAGAAGAAGGAAGAGAACGGAGACUAUAACUCCUCCUCCCACUUCUUCUCUCUCUUCAACCAUUUCAAUGUAAGGGUUUCGAGGAAGAUUGGGGCUAGGGUUUGAGCUUGAGAAAUUGCUUGAUUCUAUUUUUUUUUUCCUGUUCAUGGGGGCUGGUUUCUCUGGUUUUGCAGCAGUGACUGACGGAGGUUCUUCUUCUCCGAAUCCUGUUCUUGGAGACUUACCGGAGAGCUGCGUCGCUUCAAUUCUUAUGUAUUUGGAUCCACCUGAUAUUUGUAAAUUUGCACGCUUGAAUCGAGCCUUUCGUGGUGCUUCGUCCGCUGAUUACGUUUGGGAAUCAAAAUUGCCUCUUAAUUAUCCUUACCUUAUCGAUAAAUUGUUAGAUGAGGUUCCGGUGAAUUUGAGCAAGAAAGAUAUUUAUGCUAGACUUUCUCAUCCGAAUCCUUUUGAUGGUGGAACUAAGGAGGUUUGGCUGGACAAGAGUACGGGCGGGGUUUUCUUGUUGAUUUCUUCCAGGGCGCUGAGAAUUACUGGGAUAGAUGAUCGGAGAUACUGGAAUCACAUUCCAACUGAGGAAUCGAGAUUCCGGACAGUGGCUUAUCUUCAUCAAAUCUGGUGGUUUGAGGUAGAAGGGGAAGUUGAGUUCAGUUUUCCAGUGGGAACCUAUAGCCUUCUCUUCAGGCUUCAGCUGGGAAGGGCCUCCAAGAGACUGGGUAGGCGAAUUUGCAACCCAGAACACGUUCAUGGUUGGGACAAAAAGCCAGUGCGGUUCCAGCUAUCAACAGGAGACGGGCAGUACGGGCAAUCACAAUACUACCUGAGUGAACCAGGGAAGUGGAGUCACUACUAUGCUGGAGAUUUCGUGGUGGAGAACCCCAAUGUGUCCACAAGGAUAAAGUUUUCAAUGACUCAGAUCGAUUGUACACACACAAAAGGAGGUCUAUGUGUAGAUUCAGUUUUAAUAUGCCCAAGUGGGUUUAAAGAGAGGUUAAUGCGUUUUUGAGAUUGCAUUUAACCUUUAGAGGUAGCGUAGUGGAGUGGGUUGGGGUGGGGUGGGUUGGGUUGGAUUAGAGACCCAAAAGUAGAAAAGAACCAGGUAAGGCUUGAUCUGUUUAGGUUCAUCGAAUGAAGCUACAGGAGGGGCUGAGAUGAGAAUUGAGAGGUUGGCAUGGGAAAGCAUGGGGCAUGGAAUGUGUAUAUAUAUGUAUCAUACUUGUUUUUUUUUUUGUUUGUUUUAAUUUGUUCAUUGAUGGCUGGUUGGAGUUCUUUUCUGUGUCGCUGUCCAAACUCUUCCAAAGUCCAAAGCCUUUUUAGUGAGUGUCCAUGAAAUGAAUGAUGCGGAUUGAUUGACGUUUUCAUAGUA